GUCGUAUCAAAAUGAUAACGCUUCGUGUGGACGCGGAUCUUUUUUGAAAACGGUUGCGUUUUCAAACGAAAACGGAUACGUGGGGAUAGGGUCUGAUUGAUUUGAUCCGCGAGCUGUUGUACAGAGUCAACAGCGAUCCCGUCAAUUAACUGGACAAGCUUUUGAUCUGGGGAUCAGGCUUUUGAUCUUGGGGACUAUUGGCGCUAUCAUUGAGUGGUUUAUGCUGUCCAGAGGACAAAGUAUCCAAAAAGGGCGAGAGCAAAAACUCUCGUGGCCGCCAUAACCGGCGCCUGCACGCACAGAAAAACCUCUCGCGUUAGUAGCAGAAUAUGACAGUUCAUAUACUACGCCAAGUCUCCAGUAGCCCGGACUACAAGCUGAAUCGCAAGAGGCGAUACUAAAGACAAAAUGACGACGGAUAGCAAGGCUUCGCUUGAUCUGGACGAUAAUGCAUACGAUGCUCAAAAGCGAGAUACUAGGCGCCUAAUCCUGAUAUCUCUGAUUGUAGCUCUAGUUGCGAUUGCCAUAGGAAUACUUGCAGGGUACUUUAUUGGGGUGAAAGUGCAGAGCGACCGGGAUGACAGCGAUGCAAAGACCUCUGCUAUAAAGCAAGAAGAAGAAAAUUUGGAGCUGCACAGGAAGGCUGUUCAUUUUGUUUCUGCUGAGGAGUUGAAAGAGACCCUUAGAUACUUCACAUCUGUUCCUCACGCCCCUGCUUCUAAGGAGACUUAUGACCAAGCGCUGUAUAUAAAAAAUAAAUGGCUUAGUUACGGCUUCGACAAUGUUGACCUGAAAAACUACUCAGUCUUGCUGUCUUUCCCCGAAAAGCCCGGGGAGAUCAUCAUCCAAGACGGCGGCAACAAAGAGCUGAACAGGACCGUUAUAGACACGAAGUUCUUGGAGGCAUCAGAGAACGACUCCAGAGUCUUGCCGCCUUUUAACGCGUUUUCUCCCGCAGGCACCGUUAAGGGAAAACUAGUGUACGCAAACUACGGCAGAACUAGUGACUUUGAGGAGUUAGCUAAACAUGGCAUCAACUGCACUGGCAAAAUCGUUUUGAUGCGUUUAGGAAAAACAUCACGAAUAUACAAGCCAAUGCGAGCGCACAAAGCCGGCGCUGUCGGUCUUAUCAUAUUUAUGGACCCCGAGGAGUACGCGAAGAAGGGGACGAGCAAAGUCUACCCCGAAUACAACUGGCUUCCGGACAGUGCAGUCCAGAGAGGGACCAUCAAGGCAACGAGCGUUAGGGGAGAUACACUUACCCCAGGGUACCCGGCUAUUCCUGGAAUAUACAGACUUCCAAUGGAUGAGGCGAAGAAGGAGCUUCCCCAGAUUCCAGUACAACCCAUAUCUUAUAGGGAUGCGAUACCGUUACUUAGAAUGCUGAGAGGCAGUGUGAAGGACUCGUCGUUCCAGGGCGCUCUGCCUCUUACUUACGGGAUAGAAAUGGACCCUAGUGACAACAGGACGGUGACGCUGACGGUCAACACGGUGUUACAGCGAAAGGUCGUCACUAACGUGAUAGGAACAAUUAGAGGGAAACAAGAACCUGACAAGCUCGUGUUGCUAGGCAACCACCGGGAUGCAUGGACGUUUGGGGCUGCGGAUGGCUCAAGUGGAACCGCUGCCCUAAUGGAAACAUCGCGGGCGAUGGGAGAGAUCAUCAAAAAAGGUUGGCGUCCGCGACGGUCGAUUGUGUUUUGUAGUUGGGGGGCUGAGGAGCCUCAACUGAUGGGAUCUGCUGAGUGGCUGGAGGAGUUCUCCAAACUGCUAUAUAGUCGGAGUGUGGCCUAUCUCAACGUGGAUAUGUCAGUAGAUGGUCGCUAUUCAUUUAGAGCCAAGUCGAUGCCAAUCAUGGACUGGGUUCUAGCAGACUCGGCUAAGAAGGUUCAAAGUCCUUAUGGCAAUGAAAGCGUUUUUGAUGAAUGGAUAAGGAAGCUACCUUCGACUACCAAGUCUGCUGGUUUGCCCAAGCUCCAAGAAAUUCGUAGCGGAAGCGACUACGCGGUGUUUUACCAACGGCUUGGAAUUCCAUGUGUGGAUAUCCGUUACACGUACGACAGGAAAACCGCUGGCAACCCAUUGUACCACACCGUACACGAUACGUUUCGCUGGAUGUCCACAUUGAUCGAUCCAGACUUCCGCUACCACAGGGUGACCACGCGUGUAUGGCUGCAACUAUCUCUGACUCUCGCCGACUCUGCUGUUCUUCCGCUGAACACGACGCGGUAUUGGGAUAUGCUCACGUAUGGUGUGAGUUAUUUCGAGAAAAGAUUCGGUAGUAAGCUUGGUGCUCUGAAUGUAACUUUAGACGAUAUCAAGGAUGUCAUCACUGACUUCAAGAAAGCAUCUGAUUCGUUUGAAGAUAUCGUUGCUGGGGUGGAUAAAAACAACGAUGUUAAAGUAUCCCAGCUGAACCAUCGGUUGUUAAUGCUGGAACGAGCAUUCAUCGAUAACAGCCCGAUCAUGCCAGGAAAACCAUUUCAACGACACGUAAUUCUAACUCCUAGUUACCAUGUCUCAUCGUCAUACUUUGGCGGAGUAGCGGAGGCCUUGUACCGAGUGGACCAGGCUACUGCAAAUGCAGAAGAUGUCAAGCGGCAGAUUUCCUCGGUUGUCUACGGAAUUCGUUCAGCCAUUACCAUUCUCAGCUUAAAGGGCAUUUAGGGAAUUUAGAGAAUAGAAGUGGCGCACAGUUGAGGGGUGGAUGGUAAAACUAUCCGUCGUUUUUUUAGCUCGCUUGGUCAUUUCCUUAUUAGGCAUUACAUACCAUAUUUUGGAGUCCGCUUCAAUCGAUUUUUUGCUUUUUUAUCGCUCUAAAUCUUUGUAAGUCGAGAAUUUCCACGUUAACUUGCAGAAAUUCGUGUUUACUACGAUUUUUCUGGCAACCAUCAUGUAAAUGGAGCCUAGUCCCUUACGUUUUAGAAUAUCACAGGUAUCCCAAGCUCGCCCCAGGCUCUUUUAUUAUACACCUCUCCCACAUUUAAAACAAUGACUUUUUUACAGAACAUUGAUAUCACCCGUCAGCUGUUCAGUCACGGUACACCCCGUACACUCCUAUGUAAGCCGAUUGAAACCGUUAAGACCAUCAAACCUUUCCUCACCCCCCUUACUCUUGUGUGUACCCCUUGACAACGCUAGAACUAUCGAACCUUUCAUUGUAACGGCCUGCCCUGAAAGCUUACGUAUGAGGGUUACAAGAUAACCAACUUAAAGUGUUUUGAAUAGCUUGAUGGUAUAGUGCAUGAUUUAUCUAAAAACCCGCUGUAGAGUAUAUAAUCGAAAAGCAAACUCUGCUUAAAAGAGUUGCAUGCAAUGUUUUAAACAUUGUGGGCCUGCUUGUUCUAUACCCUCAUACAAAAUGAGUGUAGUACUGUAUGUAUGAUACCAUUAACGUAAUCAACAUCUGAAAUAUAGGUCAAAUCUUUUGGACAUAUUCAGCAGCUAAAACUGUGUUUAAAAUAUCCUUUGUCAUUCGACUUAUUUUUCUGACUUUUAAUUAUAUUAUGAUGCUGUUGUUUGUAACUUGAAAAAAAAAAUCAAUUACACCAUUUGCUGUUCAUUAACGGGAAAGGGACAUUCUUUUGGGCCAAAAGUUACAUUAACAUCCAACGUAACAUUACUAGCAUUUAUCGACUUUUAAUAAUUAAAUAUGCGUAAACAUUU